AUGGUGGAAGGCCCUCCAGGGACAGAGAAAGUCAGCAGCUGCCUUGCGGUCGGCGUCACGCGCCGCGAGGCCCUGCGAGGAGACGUGGCAGAGCGCGGUGCAUCCGCGCCGGACCGGAAAGCCCAGGGAGGUGGCAGUGGCGGGAGGUCAGACCAUGUAACAACCAAGGCGGCUGGUGGGGGGCGCUGGGAGGUGGUGAGGAAAGGGCGGCGGCCCGGGGCCGGCGGCAGUGGUAGAAGCGGCGGAGGGGACAGCCGGGCUCUCGGGGAGGCGAACGGUGUGUGGAAAUGGAGCAUUACCCCAGCUCCAAUUCAGACGACAAGCACCCUUUAUGAGCGGGGCUUUGAGAGAAUCCUGAAGCGGCAGAAUAAGGAGCAAGUUCCACCCCCUGCUGUGGAGCCUAAGAAACCCGGGAACAAGAAGCAGACUAAGAAGGCGGCCACCCUCGCCAACCAGAACCAGAAGCAGGGUCGCUUCCGCAGCCUGGAGGAGGCACUGAAAGCUCUCGACGUGGCAGCUCUGCAGAAAGAGCUAGACAAGAGCCAGAGCGUGUUCUCUGGAAACCCAUCCGUGUGGUUGAAGGACCUGGCCAGCUAUCUCAACUACAAGCUGCAAGCGCCUCUAAGUGAACCCACUCUAAGCCAGCACACUCACGAUUAUCCCUACAGCCUGGUAAACCGGGAGCUGCGUGGGAUCAUCCGAGGGCUACUGGCCAAGGCAGCAGGGUCUCUGGAGCUCUUUUUUGACCACUGUCUGUUCACUAUGCUGCAAGAACUGGAUAAGACGCCAGGGGAGUCACUACAUGGUUACCGCAUCUGUAUCCAGGCCAUUCUGCAAGACAAGCCCAAGAUUGCCACCAUGAACCUGGGCAAGUUCCUGGAACUGCUAAGGUCUCACCAGAGCCGUCCAGCGAAGUGUCUGACCAUCAUGUGGGCCCUGGGUCAAGCAGGUUUUACCAACCUCACUGAAGGACUGAAAGUGUGGCUAGGGAUCAUGCUGCCUGUGCUGGGCAUCAAGUCUCUGUCUCCCUUCGCCAUUGCAUACCUGGAUCGACUGCUCCUGAUGCACCCCAACCUCACCAAGGGCUUUGGCAUGAUUGGCCCCAAGGACUUCUUCCCACUUCUGGACUUUGCCUACAUGCCCAACAACUCCCUGACACCCAGCCUGCAGGAGCAGCUGUGUCAGCUCUACCCCCGACUGAAGGUGCUGGCGUUUGGGGCGAGGCCGGAAUCCAUCCUGCAUACGUACUUCCCCUCCUUCCUGUCCAGAGCCACCCCUAGCUGCCCUCCUGAGAUGAAGAAAGAGCUCCUGAGCAGCCUGACCGAGUGCCUGACGGUGGACCCCCUCAGCGCCAGUGUCUGGAGGCAGCUGUACCCCAAGCACUUGUCACAGUCCAGCCUGCUGCUGGAACACCUGCUCAGGUCCUGGGAGCAGAUUCCCAAGAAGACACAGAAGUCUUUGCAAGAAACCAUUCAGUCCUUCAAGCUUACCAACCAGGAGCUGCUAAGGAAGGGCAGCUGCAACAACCAGGAUGCCGUCACCUGUGACACAGCCUGCAAGGGCCUGUUGCAGCAGGCACGGGGCUACCGGCUGCCCUGGACACGGCUGCUCCUACUGGUGCUGGUCUUUGCCGUAGGUUUCCUGUGCCAUGACUUCCGGUCACAUAGCUCUUUCCAGGCCUCCCUCUCUGGCCGGUUGCUUCAAUCAUCUGGGUUCUUGCCUGCUGGCCAGCACGUAUGUGCCAAGGUCUACUCCUACAGCCUGCAAGGCUACAGCUGGCUGCAGGAGACCCUGCCAGCCUGGGGCUCCCACCUGCUGACUGUGGUGAGGCCCGGUUUGCAGCUGGCCUGGACCCACACCAAUGCCACAGUCAGCUUUCUUUCUGCCCACUGUGCCUCCCACCUUGCCUGGGCUGGUGACAGCCUCGCCAGCCUCUCCCAGAGGCUACAGAUCCAGCUCCCCAACACCCUGAUCCAGCUGCUCCAGUCUCUGAGGGAGCUGCUCCUGCUGCUUUACCACAGUGUGUUGCUGCCGCUGUGGCACGUCCUGCUAGAGGCCCUGGCCCGGGCCCAGGAGCGCUGCCAUGAGGCGUGCAGAGGUGAGGUGACUUGGGACUGCGUGAGGACACAGCUCAGUGCGGCUGCCCGCUGGACCUGGCUCUGCCUACAGGACAUCACCGUGGCUUUCUUGGACUGGGCACUUGCCAUGAUAUCCCAGCAAUAG